CCAACAAGCCACGAAAUCAGCCCGCGCUGACUCCGCCCCCCAAUCUCAGUGGAUGUGGAUGCGAGAAAAAGGCCAGCAACAGAGUGACAGACAUCGCAGCCCCGCCGCUCCGCUCAGCGUAGUAGUGGAUAUCUUCUCUGUAUACGGCGAGCAGAGGCGAGCCAAAACGAGCCGCAUGCUUGCUGUGCAACAAGGCGAACAGGAGCAAAAUGGACCACCGGACAGUAGCACCAGUACCAGCAUCCAGCGAGGACCGAUACAGUUUUUAGGGUCCUGCUAUAUCCUUGAGGACACAUGGUCAUGAAGAAAUAGAAGUAUCAGUUGAGGCCCUCCAGCUGACCUCUGGGCUAAGUCCUGGCCGUGGGGCUUUGUUGUUGGUGGGCCAGCUGAACAGGCGUGUAUGUGAGUGAGAGGUAAUGAAGUCCAGGAUGAGGCAGUGGCGGAGGCUAGUGCUGGUGGGAAUGCUGGCCUGGGUUCUCCUCUUCUUAGCCCUCCUCUCUUACUUUCUGGAUGCUCGUGUGAAUGAACCCCUGACCUCUGUUGGCUCUUUACUCUCCCAGCACCCUGACACCCGUCGCCUAGCUUCUAUACAGGCCUCCCAUCAACAACAUGCCAACCUGGGCUCCCGACCGGAGCUGGUUUCCACCUUAACGACAACCUACCCUGGAGAUAAGCCAGAGCCGGAGCCUUCUGCCAGCUCCACGACCCCAGAGCUCAGCCUGGAGGUGAGCCACAGCCCCAACAGUGCUCCCUACGCCAUUUAUGGUAGCCAGGAGACCAGCCACCAGGAUUACCUGGACCCACAGAGCCUGGCUGCCUGGUCCUCCUUUGGUACAGAAAAUGUGGGUUCUCACUCGGACCCUUCAGUCCAGAGUCGUGAGAGAACUUCCCAGACAGAGUACCAGAACCACGUCAGCACCACACACUAUCACGGUGGGGGGGAAGAAGAAGAAGAAGAAGAAGAAGAUGAGAGGGAUAACGAAGAAGAGGAACUAGAAAACAGAAUAAGGGUUACAGGAGGCAGGAGGCUUGGUGGUGACUCCUCUGAUCUGGAUGAAUAUUACUUCUCCAAGUCUGCCUCUGUGGUGCAGAGGUUGUGGCGGGGUCGUGUGUCCGCUGGCAUGUUGAGUCCUCGGCUGCAGCGCGCCAUGAAGGACUACGUUAGUGCCAACAAACACCAUGUUUCCUACGAGGGGCAUCGCAGUGCCGCCCAGAGUGCUAAGGAGCUGCUGUGUCAAAUGAAAGCCCAGGCCCAGCUCAGGACAGUGGACGGGUCAGAGCAGCCCUUCUCUUCACUUGGUUGGGCUCGUCUUGUGCCGUCUCUUCCCCUGAAGCGACUGCACAGGCGGGAGGACCAGAGUGGCUUCAAGACCUGUGCAGUGGUCACCUCGGCAGGUGCCAUCCUGCGCUCAGGACUGGGCAAAGAGAUCGAUACUCAUGAUGCAGUUUUACGAUUCAACGCUGCACCUACAGAGGGAUAUGAGAGAGACGUGGGCAACAAAACCACCAUCCGCAUCAUCAACUCACAGAUUUUGGCCAAUCCUAAACAUCGAUUCAACACAAGCUCAAUCUACAAGAAUGUGACUCUGGUGGCCUGGGAUCCUGCACCUUACACUGUCAACUUACACAAGUGGUAUGCCAGUCCGGACUACAACCUGUUUGGUCCGUACACGGAGCACCGCAAGCUCCAUCCCGGCCAGCCCUUCUACAUCCUUCACCCGAGCUAUGUGUGGCGACUCUGGGAUGUGAUACAGGGCAACACUCAGGAGAAUAUCCAGCCCAAUCCUCCCUCCUCUGGCUUCAUAGGCAUCCUCCUGAUGAUGGCGCUAUGCGAGCAGGUGCAUGUGUACGAGUACAUUCCCUCCAUGAGGCAGACAGACCUUUGCCACUACCAUGAGCGUUAUUAUGAUGCUGCCUGUACACUGGGUGCCUACCAUCCCCUCCUGUAUGAGAAGAGCCUGAUCCAGCGGAUCAACACCGGCCCCGAGAGUGACCUCAGGAGAAAGGGACGGGUCACUCUUCCGGGUUUCAGCACCGUCAACUGUGAAAUCUGAGAUAUGAAACCUGAUCCCUCUGAGCCCAAACAUACACACACACUCCGGCCUUUUCUGGCUGACUAAGGGAGAGGUGCAAUAAAGCCACUGGCGACAAGGAGGCUGGAGCUUACAAGAUUCACAUUAGACCCACGAAGAACAUAAGCCAUAGCCCUCCAGGGAGGGAUCUACAUGGAGACUUCUGAAAGAAUGUUUCUUCAUUUAAAAUGGUUUACUAGGCCAGAGACUGGCAGGUAGAGUCUCCAAGAUGAAGCUGAAAAAGACAUUUCUCUCUGCUUUAGCUGAGCCACGUUAGCUGUGGAGCUGACUAGGGUAGCAACAGAUAAGUGUUUUUAGAUAGACAAGUGAAUUUUCAAUAACUGGGUAUGUGUCAAUGGUGUAAACUCUGUGUUUUUCAAUAGUAUGGGUGGUUCUCCACUUGAAGGAAAUGCCACUGUUUAUAACGUGGAUCCUUGUGCUUUUUCUUUUUUACUGGUCCAAAGGGUUGUGAAUAAGCAAAGAAGUCAUCCACGCUGAAUGUCAUAAAUGCAACAUACACUCACAAAUAUACAAACAUUCACACUUACAUAGAGCAGGAACUCAUGCAGAAGAUCGCACAGUGUAAAAAGACAGUUUUGGAGUCUCCACAGAGACGGAGUCGAGCUGUCACACCAGUCAUUUUACGCUCUGCAGCAGGUGUUGCCGUUCGACAUUCCUCUAUCUUCUUGUGAAAUCCAACAUGUUUUGUGUUGUCACGAGGGGUUUAUUUCACACUUAUAAGGCAUAUUAAAUUACCCUCCUGUGCAUGCUUGCCAGCUCACUACCACCUGUAUGUCGCUCCUUGUUCACACUUAAAUGAUUCCUCAUUCAGAGUCAAGAAGCCUGUCUCUGUUACUAGCCCACAGGAAGGAAGACACUGGUUGUCCUUUAUGGAUUCACCCUACCAAUAGUAAAAAAAAAAUGUACUGACAGUGUCAUUAAAUCAAAGUGAAAGGGGCCUAAAUGGAUCUUCAGAACAAACUGGUGCUCAGAACAGCUGUAACCCUGUGCCUAGUGGUCGACGGAACACGUUCCUCGGGUUGCCUUGUGACUGUUCAGGUACAUGCAGUACAUACUGUGGCAGGACGCAGGUGUGAAGCAGUUGAUAUUGCGGUGUCAGUGAGCUGUAUCAGGGGAUUCUCAGCUCUGCCUUUGGCAAUCACUAGCCCCGUUUUUGACGGUCAGUUCACUCUUUAUUGAAUGUAAUUUUCCCACUGCGUGUAAUGGCCAAACCCUCCCUGAAGCUCACCAAUGCAGUACAGUAUGGUCUGCGCAUGUGCAGGGUUAUUUCUUUAUCAUGUAACAGCAUAAAGAUCAUUUCCUGCAACUAUUAAUAUCUCAUAUUUGCUGAAUUCUUUAAUAUUGGUCUUUGCCCGUUCACAGCUCAGAGUGGAGACGAUUAUAAAAGAGGAACUUGAACCGGUAAUAUUAGCAGAUUUGCUUUGUCUCCAACUAGGAUGGUUUUUAUGAUUACAGUCAGUCAGUGCCACAUCUGUGGCAAGCUCUAAAGGUAUUAGGUCAGCGUGGAGAGGAAGAUUGGUUGUGAUUUUUGCUGCAGACAUUCAGAAAAAUCUUGCCUAUAACAGAGAUUUCUAUUGCUAAGUGUGCUUUUCAAAAUGUUCUUGUGCCAUUGGUUGUGGUUCGAUAUAAGAUGUGAAAACGUGUCUCAGAAAUGUUGCUUUGAAUAGUCUGAUGUAUGUUGAAUUAGAUGGCUCUGUAGUAGUAUUAUGUAGAUGAUUCUGGGGCUUAACAUUACUUGUUGUUGAUCCAAAAUGUGUCAGUAGUACUACAAACAAGUACAGUGCUGAUACCAAAACAAAGCAUUUUUUUAAUUUACAAAACACCCUUUUUAUAACUCAGGCAACACCUGAUCAAAGAAUAUAAAAAAAACACCUGAACAAGUUUUUGGUGCAAAUUUUCUAUAUUUGACAGUCGGGGUGGGCGAUAUAGAUAAAAACCUCUAUUAUGGUAUUUUAUUUUGCAGCAUUGACUGUAUAUCGAGAUAUAGUAAAUUCUCUGGAAAUUAUGUUGAGAAACUACACUCAGUUGCCAGUUUAUUACAGUAAGUACAUUUUGCUAAAACUAAGUCUAGUAAAUAAAUAUAAAUUCAUUAAAAUAAAUCGCAGUGGACAAAAUAUUAGAAACACUUCUCAGAUGUAUCGCUAUAAUGCAGUACAACUCAACAGCACCACAAACUACAGCCUAUAAAAUGACCAUACAAUUGAAUCAACAUCUCUCUAAAACAGGAUUUAUUGCAGAGCUGUGCAUUACAGCAUUACUUUUAGCUAGGUGGAAAACUGGAAAUUGAGUGUAUGUAUACAUGUAGAUAAAAUAACCAGAUGGGAAUGACUAAUUCAGUGAAUUACAUACAUGACAAAGAUAUUUCAUCACAUUGAUGCAAAAUUCUGUAAAUCUAAUGUUACCACAAAGCAGUUGCCCUUAUUGAUUUGCAGCUGCCUUAGUAGAAAUUGUAAAGAAAUAUCUCUGACAGUUGACAAACGGUCUCACGUUAAAUAUAUGGUCAUAUCGCCCAGCCCUACUGGACAGUUUUUAAUACUAAAUUUAAUGGACGCAUUUUGAAUACAAAAACAUAGUGAGGUUUGAUACCCAGCCCCAGUUUCAGGUGGAUUAUCUGGCAUGUCAUUAGAAGAUUUCUGGAACAAGGAAUCUGGUAAAAACUGGGAGAUGACUGUAACAGAGGUUUAAAAACGGACUAUAGAAACCAUUUUUGAAGCUUAAAGCAACACUAUGUAACUUUUCCCACUUCGGUCCCCCUACAGGUUGUCUCAUUGGAACUACAGCUUGCGCUAAAAGUUACAUAGUGUUGCUUUAAGGAGAUUUAUCAAUUAUUUUGGAUCAUGCAGGUUCUCAGCUCUGCUGUAGGUUUUAUGUUUCUCUGUUGAGAUAAAUAAUCAAAUGUUUUAUUGCUUGUGAUUGUAACACACUGAAGGUGAAAAAACCCUGAACAUAUUGUACAUGUAUAUUUCUAAUAACUUGGAUUACUUUCCAAUGCACAGAGCAUGCAAAUCAGGAUCAGGGGUAAGAGUCUUAAACUGUCCGUGCUGUACUGUGCUGCAAGUAGACACCAUUGUCAUUAAUGUUGUGAGAGGCAAUUGUGCUAUAAGAUUUUUUUUUCUUAAGUGUUGUUUUGGAGAUUUUAGUGCAUGUUUGUGGACAGGGAAUCACAUUCAGCAGGGAUGCAUCUGUAAGUAGUUCCCUGGGAGCACUUGAUUUAGUGCUAUGCAUUCUGGCAACUUCGUCUUCACAUCUUAAUAUUGUGCCAAAUUCCGUUUUUAAAUAUGUCUUAGUGGACUCUAAGUAAUAGCAGGACUUCUAAGGUGCUAUUGCUUCUCUCUGGAAUGUUUUAAGGUGGGAUUUAAUGGAAAUUUUAAUUCUCUUUAAGAUAACAAUUGUAUUGCCAGGAUUACAUACAGGAUAUUGUGCUAAAACGUGAGUGGUGAGAUUAGAGAAAAAUCCAUGAGAAAUUUGCAGCCACUGCUUAUUACGUUUUUCCCUCUCAGCCUCUUUCUCUCCGCUCUUUACUCCCGAGACCUAGUUUUCAUGCCAUGUUUUUACUCAGUAUUGUGGGAAUUUAUGCACCACACUGCCUCUAAAGGAUUGUUUAACAUUUUAAGUUUUUUUGGACAUUUCCCUCCUGCUGCUUCCUGCAGUACUCGUGAAAAGAGGAAGAGAAAAAAAUGCAUCCAUAGCUGAACAUGGUAAGAGUGAAAGUCCUGUUUUUACUCCCAUCAGCCUUAGGGUGUUCUUCUGGACUUUGAUUUGUCAGUGAAUUCUCUUACACUUGAAUUGGUAUUUAAAUAGACCAUUUGUAUGAUUUCAGCUGUUGUAAUUUGUCUUUUUUUACUGUGUAAAUAAAGCUGUCGUACAUGUCCAACUGUC